UCCAAUCACAGCUGAUCACAUGUAAACACGGAAAUGCCGACAUGUACACUUAUCAGGGCACUGAUGAUCAGUGUGGCCCCAGAAGUGCUCAUCAGUGCCACAUAUCAGUGCCACAUCAAUGCCACAUAUCAGUGCAUACCAGUGCACAUCAAUGCCACAUAUCACUGCCCAUCUGAGCUGCCUUUCAGUGUCACCCAUCAGUGCUAGUCAGUGCCACCUAUCAGUGCUGCCAAUCAGUGCCACCUAUCAGUGCCAGUCCGUGCCGCCUAUCAGUGUUAUGUAUCAGUGCUGCCUUUCAGUGCCCAUCAGUGAUGCCUGUCAAUGCCUAUCAGUGCAACCUACCAGUGCCUCCUCAUCAAUGCCCAUCAGUGCAACUUCAUUAGUGCACAUCAGUGAAGGAGAAAACUCACUUAUUUACAAAAUUGUAUAA